AUGGCUGAAGAACAGCCCACCAACGUGAUUGCGGAAGCCACCGAGAGUGUUCAGGCUGUCGAUGCUGAGCUCAAGGAGACUGAUAAUGUUGUGAAUGAGACUGCCAAUACAGAAGACACCGAGGAAGCCCGCAUCGUUGCCGAGGCUUCUAAGCUCGCUCAGAAGUCUGAAUCGGCCGACAAGGCCAACGUUACCAAGUCCGACGAGACUGAAUUGGAGAAGAGUUCAGACCAUGACGAGAUUCGUAAGCAGGUUGAAUUCUACUUUUCCGACUCUAACCUUCCUAUCGACAAAUUUAUGAUGUCGCAAGUCGGAGGAACCGACAACAAAGCCGUGCCGCUUACCACUAUCAUGUCGUUCAUGCGGAUGCGCCGAUUCGGGCCAGUCAGUGCCAUUGUCGAGGCACUGAAGACAUCCGAGACUCUCGAUCUCGUUGAUGACGACAAAGCUGUUAAGCGCAAGGUGGCUCUUUCUAAGCCGCUACACCAGAAUAAUGGCGUGAAGGUCUGGGAAGACAAGUCUAUGCCUCGCAGUAUUUACGUCAAGGGCUUCGGUGAAGAGGGUCCCACGACCCAAGUGGAUAUUGAGAAGUUUUUUGCACCCUACGGUCCUAUUCAGUCUGUCCGCCUUCGCCGCAUUGCCGCCAACAAGUCUUUCAAGGGCAGUGUUUUCGUUGAGUUCGACUCCGAAGAAAAGCAAGCCGAAUUCCUAGCUCUGGAGAAGAAGCCACAAUGGAAGGAGGGUGAAGACCUCCUUAUCAAAACCAAGAAGGAAUACUGUGACGAAAAAAUUGCCGAUAUCGAGGCUGGUAGGAUGGAGCCGGCUAAGUCCACUUUCGGCGGUCGUGGAGGCCGUGGAGGUCGUGGAGGUCGCGGAGGUCGCGGAGGUCGUGGAGGCCGUGGUCGCGGCGGUCGUGGUGGUCGCGGUCGUGAUCGCGAAGAUCGUGGUGACUGGCGCGAGAGCCGCGAUCGCCAGAAGAGAGAUGAGCGCGGUGUCCCCGUCUUGAAAACCCACAACAAGCGUGAACGGGAAGACGAUAGCAGCGACCGCCCCAGCAAGAAGGUUGAGACUGCGGAGUAA